AUGGGUACAUUGCGCGAUCUUCAGUACGCGCUACAAGAGAAGAUUGAGGAAUUGAGACAGAGAGAUGCACUUAUUGAUGAGCUCGAGUUGGAACUCGAUCAGAAGGACGAACUGAUCCAGAGGCUGCAGAAUGAAUUGGAUAAAUACCGUUCUGUCAUCAAGCCGGCCACCCAACAGGUCCACAAGCGGAGCGUCUUGCAGGAACACCAAAGGACCAAAAGACAGGCUAUUUCAGCCGAGCCCACUGCUUUUGACAUCCAGGAGCUCAGCCACGUUACCUUGCCUUUCUAUUCCAAGAGCGCACAGUCCAAGGAUUUAAUCAAGGGAGCCAUUUUGGACAACGAUUUCAUGAAGAACCUGGAGUUAUCCCAAAUCCAGGAGAUAGUGGACUGCAUGUAUCCAGUGGAAUAUGGCAAAGACAGCUGCAUCAUUAAAGAGGGUGACGUGGGGUCACUGGUUUAUGUCAUGGAAGAUGGGAAAGUGGAGGUGACGAAGGAAGGCAUGAAGCUCUGCACCAUGGGCCCCGGGAAGGUCUUCGGGGAGCUGGCCAUCCUCUACAACUGCACCAGGACCGCCACGGUCAAGACUCUGACCAACGUGAAGCUGUGGGCCAUCGAUCGUCAAUGCUUCCAGACCAUCAUGAUGCGGACGGGGUUGAUCAAGCACUCAGAGUACAUGGAGUUUUUAAAAAGCGUUCCAACAUUCCAGGGCCUUCCAGAGGAAAUUGUGAGCAAGCUGGCUGAUGUCCUUGAAGAGACCCACUACGAAAACGGAGAGUACAUCAUCCGCCAGGGAGCCAGAGGAGACACCUUCUUCAUUAUCAGCAAGGGGAAGGUGAACGUUACGAGGGAGGACUGGCCCAGCGAGGAGCCGGCCUACCUGCGUGUGCUGGGCAAGGGGGAGUGGUUCGGGGAGAAGGCCCUGCAGGGGGAGGAUAUCAGGACCGCAAACGUGAUAGCUGCUGAAGCAGUCACCUGUCUCGUCAUUGACCGAGACUCCUUCAAGCACUUGAUCGGAGGUCUGGACGACGUCUCGAACAAAGGCUACGAAGACGCAGAGGCCAAAGCCAAGUAUGAGGCAGAGAACGCCUUCUUCUCCAGCUUGACCCUGGUGGACUUCAACAUCAUUGACACUCUAGGAGUGGGGGGAUUUGGCCGUGUGGAGCUGGUAGGAAUACCUACAUCUCUGUUUUUUGGGAGAGUGCAGCUCAAAAGCGACGAGUCCCGGACAUUCGCCAUGAAGAUCCUGAAGAAGCGGCACAUCGUGGACACGCGACAGCAGGAGCACAUCCGCUCAGAGAAACAGAUCAUGCAGGAGGCCCACUCUGAUUUCAUCGUCAGACUUUACAGGACAUUCAAGGACAGCAAGUAUCUGUACAUGCUAAUGGAGGCCUGUCUUGGAGGAGAACUCUGGACUAUACUGAGGGACAGGGGUUCGUUUGAAGACUCGACCACCCGCUUUUACACGGCGUGCGUGGUGGAGGCCUUCGCCUACCUGCAUUCCAAAGGGAUCAUCUACAGAGACCUCAAGCCUGAGAACCUCAUCCUGGACCACAGAGGCUACGCCAAACUGGUGGACUUUGGCUUUGCCAAAAAAAUAGGAUUUGGGAAGAAAACGUGGACGUUCUGUGGAACGCCGGAGUACGUGGCUCCUGAGAUCAUCUUGAACAAAGGCCACGACAUCUCCGCAGACUACUGGUCCCUGGGAAUCCUCAUGUACGAACUCCUGACCGGCAGCCCACCAUUUUCUGGCCCUGAUCCCAUGAAGACGUACAAUAUCAUUCUGAGGGGUAUCGACAUGAUCGAAUUUCCAAAGAAGAUCGCCAAAAAUGCUGGCAAUCUAAUCAAGAAACUCUGCAGGGACAAUCCUUCUGAAAGACUGGGGAACUUGAAACAUGGUGUCAAAGACAUCCAAAAGCACAAGUGGUUUGAAGGCUUUAACUGGGAUGGGUUACAUAAGGGAACCCUGACCCCUCCAAUCAUCCCUAGCGUCACCUCAUCGACGGACACGAGCAACUUCGACAGCUUCCCUGAGGACAGCGAGGACCCGCCUCCAGAUGACAACUCGGGAUGGGACGCCGAUUUCUAG